AUGGCUGAGUUUAUCAUUGGUAUUGAGUAUUGUGGGUUACCUAGGUGUUGUGGUGCUUGUGGGGUUUUUGGGCAUGACUGCUCUUUGCCCCCUCCUGGGUCUCCUACUAAAAGAGUUUGGCGGCGCAAGCGUUCCAAAGUUCUUGUGUUGGGGCAGCCUGUGGUUAAGGGUACUGAGAAGAGGGAGGAUCAUGUGCUAGAGGCUGAGAGCACUGCUGAGAAGGAGGUUACUCAGGAUUCAGGGGAGGGAGCUGUUGUUGAUAAAGGAAAGAAAGUUAUGGAGGAUUCUACUCCUCCUGUUACCCCGAGUGCUUUACCCUCUCAGGAGGAGUUCAAUAAGGUGAUUAAUGGAGCAAAGCCAAAAUAUGCUCUGAAGGUACCUACUCCUAUUUUGCAUUCUAAUGCGUUUGAACUGUUAUGUGGCCAAAGAGACAUUAUCUUACAAGCUCCUCCAAAGAAGGGAGGAUGA